AUGGAGAAGCCUUAUGGCUGCUUCCUUCUCCUAUUCUUUUUUAUAAUUUCUAUUAUCAUACAUUCUACGACCGCUCUCACCGAUGAAGAAGCUUCAUUUCUUACAAAACGUCAACUUUUAACUUUAUCAGAAAAUGAUAAUCUUCUCGAUGAUAUAGAAUAUGAAGUCGAUGUAGACCUCAAAUUUGCUAACAACCGGCUCAAGAGGGCUUACAUUGCCCUUCAAGCUUGGAAAAAAGCAAUAUACUCUGAUCCCUUCAACACAUCAGCAAAUUGGGUUGGUACAAAUGUGUGUUCUUACAAAGGUGUGUUUUGCGCACCAGCACUUGAUGAUCAAAGCAUGAUGGUUGUGGCUGGAAUUGAUCUGAACCAUGCAGAUAUAGCUGGAUAUUUGCCUCAUGAACUAGGUCUGUUGACAGAUGUCGCCUUGUUUCAUAUUAAUUCCAACAGAUUCUGCGGAGUUAUUCCAAAAAGCAUGGAAAAACUGACAAUAAUGUAUGAAUUCGAUGUGAGCAACAACCGUUUCGUUGGUCCGUUCCCGAUAGUUGCUCUCUCUUGGCCAUCUUUGAAGUUUCUUGAUGUAAGAUACAACGAUUUUGAAGGGAAACUGCCACCAGAGAUCUUCGAUAAGGAUCUUGAUGCUAUUUUCUUGAACAACAAUAGAUUCGAGUCAAUGAUCCCUGAUACAAUCGGUAAAUCGACUGCUUCUGUUGUGACAUUUGCGCAUAACAAAUUUAGCGGCUGCAUCCCAAAAACCAUUGGUAAGAUGAAGAAUCUCAACGAGAUUGUGUUCAUAGGAAAUAACUUGAGCGGUUGUUUCCCUAACGAGAUUGGCUCGUUGAACAAUGUGACUGUGUUUGAUGCGAGCAAAAAUGGGUUUGUUGGAAGUUUACCGUCAAGCUUGUCACUAUUAGCUGAUGUGGAACAAAUGGAUUUCUCAUACAAUAAGCUCACUGGAUUUGUUACGGACAACAUUUGCAAGUUGCCAAAAUUAUCAAACUUUACAUUUUCUUAUAACUUCUUCAAUGGAGAAGCUACAAGUUGUGUUCCUGGAGCAAGUCAAGAUAAACAGUUUGAUGACACAAGCAAUUGUUUACAAAACCGACCAAAGCAAAAGCCGGCUAAAGAAUGUUUACCAGUGGUUAGUCGUCCUGUGGAUUGCAGUAAAGAUAAGUGUGCCGGUGGUGGCGGAGGAGGAGGCCGUGGCUCAAACCCAUCACAAAACCCAACACCUAACCCACCAAAAACACCAGAGGAAUCUCCCAAACCACAACAACCUAGUCCAAAACUUGAGACACCAACAGAACCUUCUAAACCAAAGGAGCCUAAGCCAGAGCCAGUGAAACAAGAGUUUCCUAAACCCGAAACACCAAAGCGUGAUUCACCAAAAUCAGAACAACCACAUCCUAAACAUGAAUCACCAAAACAAGAGUCACCUAAGGAACAACCACCAAAACAAGAAGAAUCUCCUAAACCAGAGAUGUCUAAACCUGAAGAGUCACCUAAGCAUGAACAAUCACCAUCGGUCACGGAUGAUCCUUAUGAGGCAUCUCCGAUAAGAAAACGCCGUCCUCAACCACCGUCAACAGAAGAAACACCACAAUCAUCACCAGUACACUCUCCUCCACCACCGCCAGUUCAUUCUCCACCACCUCCUCCUCCAGUCCAUUCUCCUCCACCACCACCAGUUCAUUCCCCACCGCCUCCUGUAUUUUCACCUCCUCCACCAGUUUAUCCACCACCACCUCCGGUAUACUCUCCUCCACCACCACCACCAGUCCACUCUCCUCCCCCACCAGUUCAUUCACCACCGCCACCGGUUCACUCUCCUCCCCCACCAGUCCACUCUCCUCCCCCACCAGUCCACUCACCACCACCACCAGUCCACUCACCACCACCACCAGUCCAUUCUCCUCCUCCCCCAGUCCAUUCUCCACCACCACCCCCACCAGUUUUCUCUCCACCGCCACCUGCACCUAUCUACUCUCCUCCUCCACCUCCACCAGUCCACUCUCCACCACCGCCACCAGUUUACUCUCCACCACCUCCGAUUUAUUCUCCACCGCCUCCAGUUCAUUCUCCGCCUCCUCCAGUCUACACCCCACCACCUCCAUCACCUAUAUAUUCUCCUCCUCCAAGUUUCUCACCGCCACCAGAACCAACAACGUCUCUACCACCGGCAGCAUCUCCAACAAUAAAUGCUCCAACACCUUCAUCAGAAAUGGAAAAAGAGUCAACACCUGUCCGAUCUCCAUCUCCAACUCCAUACUCUGAGACCGUCGAAGCACCAUCAGAAUCAGAUCAUUCACCAGUCUUCAGAUCAGCACCUACUCCAACACCUUCAGAAGAAAUGGAAGAAGAGUCAUCACCAGUUCAAGCUCCAACUCCAACUCCAAACUCUGAGACCGUCGAAGCACCAUCAGAAUCAGAUCAUUCACCAGUCUUCAGAUCAGCACCUACUCCAACACCUUCAUCAGAAAUGGAAAAAGAGUCAUCACCAGUUCAAGCUCCAACUCCAAACUCUGAGACCAUCAAAGCACCAUCAGAAUCAGAUCAUUCACCAGUCUUCAGAUCAGCACCUACUCCAACACCUUCAUCAGAAAUGGAAGAAGAGUCAUCACCAGUUCAAGCUCCAACUCCAACUCCAAACUCUGAGACCGUCAAAGCACCAUCAGAAUCAGAUCAUUCACCAGUGUUCAAAUCAACACCUUCUCCAGCACCUUCAUCAGAAAUAGAAGAAGAUUCAUCACCGGUUCAAGCUCCAACCCCAGAAUCUAAGACCGUAGAGGUACCCUCAGAAUAUGAUCAAUCACCAGUGCUCAAAUCAGCACCUGCUCCGGCACCCGUCUCCGAGCCGAAUCAUACUCCAACUCCACUUUCCCAACCAGAUAUAUCCCCAGUUCCUUCAGAAGAACAAGUCCAAGCACCAUCACCUUCAACACAAGAAGUAAAAUCACCAACUAUAACAUCACCACCACCAAAAAAUAAUGACGGUGGUGAUGAUUUCAUCCUUCCACCAAAUAUUGGGUUCCAAUAUGCAUCACCUCCACCACCAAUGUUUCCUGGUUACUAA